AUGGACCGAGGUGACUCGAGGCUGGAGGUCACCGCAAACAAUGCGCUUGAUGUCGCGACGCCAGAGCCCUGCGUGAUUCCCACGCUGAUCAGCACCGCGGAACGCUUCUUCUAUGCCCUUUUCACGGAUCCGGGAAUAAGUGCGCUGCCGCACAGUCUCUGCGUCGUAAUUCAAGACUUCUACCAGCUUCUGCGUCGUGAAUUUCCCCAACAACCCUCAAAGAACCACAUGAAGUACGUUGGAAUGAAUGUCCUCUUCCGCUACCUGAACUCUGUGGUGAUCGCUCCGGACGCCUUUGGUCUGCUGCUGCUCUCCGAAGAUGCCAAAUCCAUCGACGACGGGGAUAACACCAGCCGCCUCUUCUCCAACCCCGAGAGACCCAACUCCCGGCUGGAACGCAGUCAGCGUCGGCGUCUCACUGCGCUC